AUGACUGAAUUGAAGAAACAAAAGACUGACACUUUACCACCAAGACCUACUAAUAUCGGGAUCAAAGGUAUUGAAGUUUAUUUACCUUCUCAAUGUGUUAACCAAGCAGAAUUGGAAAAAUUUGACGGUGUCUCCACUGGGAAAUACACAAUUGGUCUAGGUCAAACCAAUAUGGGGUUUGUCAAUGAUCGUGAAGAUAUAUAUUCCAUGUCGUUAACCGCUUGUUCUAGAUUAAUGGAACAUUAUAAGAUUGAUCCAAACCAAAUUGGUCGUCUUGAAGUCGGUACUGAGACUCUAUUAGAUAAAUCUAAGUCUGUUAAGUCUGUCUUAAUGCAAUUGUUUGGUGACAAUACUGAUAUUGAAGGGAUCGACACCGUCAAUGCUUGUUACGGUGGUACCAAUGCCGUAUUCAACUCUUUAAAUUGGUUGGAAUCUUCUAGUUGGGAUGGUAGAGAUGCUAUUGUUGUCUGUGGUGAUAUUGCCAUCUAUGAUAAAGGUGCCGCUAGACCUACUGGUGGUGCAGGUACUGUUGCUCUAUGGAUCGGUCCAGAUGCUCCAAUUGUAAUGGAUUCCGUUAGAGGUUCAUUCAUGGAACACGCUUACGAUUUCUAUAAGCCUGAUUUCACUAGUGAAUACCCAUAUGUUGAUGGUCAUUUCUCUUUGACUUGUUACGUUAAAGCAUUGGAUCAAGUAUAUAAAUCUUAUUCAAAGAAGGCAAUUGCCAGAGGUAUUGCUGAAAAACCAUUAGGUCCAGAAUCUGUUAACGUCCUUGAGCAUUUUGAUUUCAAUGUCUUCCAUGUGCCAACUUGUAAAUUGGUCACUAAAUCCUAUGGUAGAUUACUAUAUAACGAUUUCAAAGCACAACCUUCUCUAUUCCCUGAAGUUGAUGCAUCUUUGGCUACAAAAGAUUAUGAGGAAUCAUUAACAGACAAAGCUUUAGAGAAAACAUUUGUCAAUGUUGCCAAACCAUUCCACAAGGAAAGAGUUGCUAAUUCUUUAAUUGUUCCAACUAAUACAGGUAAUAUGUACACUGGUUCUGUCUAUUCUGCUUUGGCUUCUUUGAUUUAUUAUACAGGUUCCGAUAAUUUGCAAGAUAAGAGAAUCGGUUUAUUCUCUUACGGGUCCGGUCUAGCUGCAUCUUUAUUCUCUUGUAAAGUUAAAGGUGAUAUCAGUUAUAUCGCCAAAAUACUUGAUAUCCAACACAAAUUAGAUUCAAGAACCACUCAAACUCCACAAGAAUAUGAGGCUGCCAUUGCAUUAAGAGAAAACGCUCAUUUACAAAAAGAUUUCAAACCUGUCGGCUCUAUUGAUUUACUACAAAAGGGUACUUACUACUUGACUAACGUCGAUGAAAAAUUCAGAAGAUCUUACGAAAUCAAAAACUAA